AAACAGGAAGUGGGAGGAGCUAAAAGAUGUAAACAUUGUGCUUUGAUCAAGUAGCAGUCAGAACUUGGAGUGUACUUUUUAUCACUGAAAUGGGCAGCUAAACCGACAAUAGCAGAGUAAAAUGCAAAAUGCGAUGUUUCCGUCAUGUUUUCUUUAUAUGCAUUGUCAUGACGCUCUUUUCAUUGGUGUACGUGCUCGACCACUUCGCCUCCACGGUGGAGGACAGAGGCCGAUGGAGAGAGCAGAGUAGAGCCGCCCUCAGACGCCAUGACAGCGGGCUGCCUCUCAGGAAAACGCGCGGUUCAGGAGGCCAACACGGAGAACUGCAUAGGUGUAAGUCAGUAUCUUACUGGAGUCCAUAUUGGAGAUUGCCUGCAGAUGUGUGUGGAGUGAACUGCUUUAUGGAGACAUCUUAUGGAGAAGGACUGACCAAGGAAGCUCCUGAUGAGCAGAGUCACUUGGCUGUUGUAGCCUGUGGUCCCAGACUGGAAGAAACUCUCACCAUGUUAAAGUCUGCUCUUCUCUUUAGCAAAAAACCUUUACAUUUAUAUAUAUUUGCAGAAAAUGAACUGCAUGGCAGCUUCAAAAAUGCUCUGAACUCAUGGCCUCAUAUGGUUAAGAGAAAAUUUAACUUCACCAUCUUUCCCAUCACUUUCCCAAAUGACAAUGAAAAGGAGUGGAAAAAGCUCUUCAAACCAUGUGCGUCUCAGAGACUCUUCCUCCCACUGAUUCUGCAGGACGUAGACUCUUUGCUCUACGUAGACACAGAUAUCCUAUUCCUUCAGCCAGUGGAGGACCUCUGGACAUUGCUGUCUCAUUUUAACUCUAGCCAGUUAGCGGCUAUGGCUCCAGAGCACGAGGAGCCCCGGAUCGGCUGGUACAACCGCUUCGCCCGGCAUCCUUACUAUGGCAGGACUGGCAUCAACUCAGGGGUCAUGCUAAUGAAUAUGACACGCAUCCGGGCCAAAUACUUCAAGAAUGAUAUGACAACUAUUCCUUUAAGAUGGGAAGAAAUGCUCAUGCCCCUUCUUCAAAAGUAUAAACUCAAUAUCACCUGGGGAGAUCAGGAUCUUCUCAAUAUUAUAUUUCAUCAUAAUCCAGAAAGCUUGUUUGUGUUCCCAUGUGAGUGGAACUACCGUCCAGACCACUGUAUUUAUGGAAGCAACUGUCACACAGCCGACCAACAAGGUGUCUUCAUUCUCCAUGGAAACAGGGGAGUCUUCCAUGAUGACAAGCAGCCAGCUUUCCGAGCGGUUUAUAACGCCAUCCAAAAGUACCAGUUUGGUGAAGAUUUGGACAAGUUUCUUUUGGAUCCACUUGAGGGUUCUCUGAGCUCCACCACACACACGUACUGUGGGCGCAGCAGUCACCUGUUCACCAAGAGGCUGAAACAGAGUAUUCUGUCACUUCAACAGGAGGUCCCACACAGGAGAUGACAGGAUCUGAUCUCUUAUACAAUGUAUGAUUAGUGUCUACAGGCCACUGUAGGAACCAUGUUUCUGUUAAAGACACUCCUGUGGAGGCAUUAGCUGACAGGUUUAUCUCUGCCGUGUUUACCGGUACUGUUAUCCAGGUUCAGGACCGGGAAAUCUUUCUACAAACAUGAAUGUACAUGUGUCUCCUCUGUUAUAGAACAGAGCAAAGACAUUUUAUAUGUAUUACGCACUGUAUUAGUACCAUUCAGAUCUUCCAGACAAUCACUGCCAAAGGUGUUGACAUAUUUGUGUUGAAAUAGUUUUUAUUUUGUUCUCUAUGAGAUUACAAUUUAAUAUAAUUUCACAUGUUUAAGGUACAAAAUAUUUUUCAGUUGAGAUUGUCCAUUUCUCAUGAAUUUUAUGACUUUGAAGUAUUUGUUUAUUUACGUUAAAAUGCAUGUCACUUAGUCCCUCCCUGUACGUUUUAUAUUAGAAAAGAUUAUAUGAAUGGUGUUUAUUCUAAUGAUGCCACUAUAGUUGUAGAGUAAGGGUUUUUUGACUCCUCAGGAUAUUUGCACUAUGACUUUGGGACUACAGACUGAUAUUGCUUUUUAUUGUCCUUAUUUGAAAUAAUUUUAUACUUGUCUUGAGUAAACAAACACAUCCAUGUAAAGGAAAAUAAAUUGUUAUAUAUUUCAAGAUCAAACCU